GGCGUCGCCGCCGCCGGCCCCCGGAGCCGCCGCGGGAGGCCGCGCCCGCCAUGGCGGCCCGGGCGGUGCUGGACGAGUUCACGGCGCCCGCCGAGAAGGCGGCGCUGCUGGAGCGGAGUCGCGGCCGAAUCGAGGGCCUGUUCGGAGUGAGCUUGGCGGUGCUCGGCGCGCUCGGGGCUGAAGAACCGCUGCCCGCGCGCAUCUGGUUACAGCUCCGCGGGGUGCAGGAGGCGGUGCACAGCGCCAAGGAAUAUAUCAAAGGAAUCUGUGAACCUGAACUAGAAGAAAGAGAAUAUUAUCCCAAGGCCAUGCACUGCAUUUUUGUUGGGGCACAGAGCCUGUUUCUGAAGAGCUUGAUUCAGGAUACUUGUGCUGACCUCUGUGUUCUUGAUAUUGGUCUUCUUGGCAUCAGAGGAAGUGCUGAGGCUGUAGUUAUGGCCAGGAGUCACAUUCAGCAAUUUGUAAAGCUCUUUGAGAAUAAUGAGAACCUACCCAGUACUCAGAAAGAAUCAGAGGUGAAAAGGGAAUUUAAACAAUUUGUUGAAGCCCAUGCAGAUAAUUUUACAAUGGAUUUGUUGAUUUUGCCCACUUCCUUAAAAAAAGAACUUUUGACUCUCACACAAGGUGAGGAAAAUCUAUUUAAAACAGGAGAUGAUAAUGUUAUUGAAAUUAGAGAUGCUCAACAUACAGAGUUUACACAGAAUGCUGCCACGGGACUGAAUAUUUCUAGAGAUGAAAUUGUUUUGCAGGAAGAUGAAAGAAAUAAAGCUGGGACUCCUGUUUCUGAGCUUACAAAACAAAUGGACACUGUCUUUUCUAGUUCACCAGAUGUGCUUUUUGUUCCUGUAAAUGGCCUAAGCCCAGAUGAAGAGGCACUUUCCAAAGAGAGAAUUUGUCACAAAAGGAGAUUUUCUGAUUCUGAGGAAAGGCAUACCAAGAAGCAAUUUUCUUUAGAAAAUGUUCAAGAAGGAGAACUUUUACACGAUGAUAAGACAUCCUCUGGAAGUGUAAUCAUUGACCUAUCUGAUUCUUCUACUGAUUCUGAAAAUUUAAGUCCAGAUGUAAAAGACACUACUGAGGAAAUGGAAUACAAUAUCCUUGUAAACUUUUUUAAAACCAUGGGCUAUUCUCAAGAAAUUGUUGAAAAGGUCAUUAGGGAGUUUGGGCCUUCUACUGAACCAUUAUUGCUCUUGGAGGAAAUUGAAAAAGAAAAUAAAAGGUUUCAAGAAAACAGAGAAUUUUCACCUAGUACUACAGACACCAACAAAACCAAAAGUAAAGGUGUUUGUAGCAGCAUUAAUGAGCUCACAACAGAUUCCACUCCAAAGAAAACACAGAGUCACACUCAGCAAAAUACGGUAGAAAAAUUUUCUCAGUUACCAUUCAAAGUAGAAGGUAAGCCUUGUACCUCAAAUUGCAAAAUUAAUACCUUCAGAACAGUGCCAAUAGAACAGAAACGUGAAAUCUGGGGUUCAAACCAGAACUAUGUUUGUAAUAUAGACCUUGAAACUGAUGGCCGUUUACCCUCUGCUCCUUCAAGUCCCAAAGACGUCAAUUUUGUUUCAAGGGGAGCUUCAAGUCACCAGCCCAGAAUUCCAGUUUUUCCUGAAAAUGGUUUUCAACAGCAGGCAGAACCCUUGCUUUCAAAUAAUAUGAAAUCUGCCUGUGAAAAACAUCCAGGACAUUGUAGCUCUCCUCAGUCUAAGCCAAAUUGUCCACCCCUUUCUCCACCAAUGCCGCUGCCGCAGCUAUUACCUUCAGUUACUGAUGCAAGAUUGGCAGGACCUUCUGAUCAUAUUGAUUCCUCAGUUACAGGGGUUCAAAGGUUUCGAGAUACUCUGAAAGUACCCUACAAGCUGGAAUUAAAAAACGAACCAGGGAGAAUGGACUUGAAGCAUAUUGUUAUAGAUGGAAGCAAUGUUGCAAUUACCCAUGGUCUAAAAAAGUUUUUCUCUUGUCGUGGAAUUGCAAUUGCUGUUGAAUAUUUUUGGAAGCUUGGCAACCGAAACAUUACUGUGUUUGUUCCUCAGUGGAGAACAAGGCGUGAUCCUAAUGUCACAGAGCAGCACUUCUUAACCCAGCUCCAGGAGCUUGGAAUAUUAUCUUUAACUCCUGCCCGGAUGGUGUUUGGAGAAAGAAUUGCUUCUCAUGAUGACAGGUUUCUGCUACACUUAGCGGACAAAACUGGUGGCAUAAUUGUAACAAAUGAUAACUUCAGAGAAUUUGUGACUGAGUCAGUCUCUUGGCGAGAAAUUAUUACAAAAAGAUUGCUUCAGUAUACAUUCGUGGGGGACAUAUUUAUGGUUCCUGAUGAUCCUCUUGGAAGAAGUGGACCUCGAUUAGAAGAAUUUCUUCGGAAAGAGGUCUUUCUUAGAGAUAUGCAACCCCUGCUCAACGCCCUGCCGAACGUGGGCAUGUUUGACCCCAGCUUCAGGAUUCCUGGCACCCAGGCAGCCAGCACCAGCCACCAGCCUCCAGGCCGGAUUCAGGGAGCCUCUCCAAGCCACUGGCUUCCUCAGCAGUCCCACUUUCCGCUCCUGCCAAACCUGCCCAGUGUCCCGCAGAACCUGCCCAUGCCAGCACAGAGGUCUUCUGCAGAAACCAGCGAGCUAAGGGAAGCCCUGCUGAAGAUCUUUCCUGAUUCUGAGCAAAGACUGAAAAUUGACCAGAUCUUGGUAGCCCAUCCAUACAUGAAAGAUCUAAAUGCGCUCUCUGCCAUGGUGUUAGAUUGAAGACUGUGCUGAGAAGCUUGAGCUCAUGGCCAAGGGAUCAAACUUGAGCUAAUGGUUAUACGUGAUGGGAAGUACCAUAAUGUGAAAAAACCUGUUUCCCAGUGUAAACAUUGUUGUAGUAUAUAGAGAAAGAGAAAAAAAGAAAAGGAAAAAAAAAGAUGUUUUGUGUAUAAAAAAAUCUGGGUUUUCAAAACCAGCUUUUUUCUAUAUAUAAAUUAUGCUGCUAUUACAGAUUUAACAUUUUCUGUAAAAGGAAAGUCUACAUUUUCUGCCUGUUCAGAACUGUUUAAUAGCAGUUACUCUUGAGUGUAUUUACAUUUUUAUGUUUUUUAAACUAUUUUCCUUAAAUCUAAAGAUAUUGACAAAUGGAUAUGAUUAGCAUUUCUAAAUAAAAAGAGUUGCUUUCUUAAGGAAAGCAAGACCUCUUAAAGUAUAUUUUCUUGAGGUGAAUAUAUCCUGUCCACUAACACGGAGUGUGCUCCCCUCUCCUGCCGCCUCUGCCCUCCCCUGGGAGUUGGGGUUGGUUUCCUCCUACGGGGUCUUUUGUCGGAGCCAUUUGUGAGAGUGGACAAGUGGUGCCACUAGAUGGCACUUUGUGCUUAGCCAUUGUUUAUGACCAGGGCAAAGUUAGACUCACAGAAUAUUGGGGCUAGAAGAAGCUUGAGAGCUAGUGUGGUCUCGCCUUUCUUCCCUUUCCACCCUACAGAGGAAGCAGCUGAGGCCCAGAGUGCUCACUGUCAGGACAUGCCCACAGCCACUGCCACAGAGCAGCCAGGCAGGGGCAGACUGCUCACCCAGCGCCGUGACACACUCACCUCACCUGGGCCUCCAUAUACCUACUUGGCUCUCGAAGUCUUGUCUUUGCCUCAGAAGACCUCACCAGGGUCUGAGAUGUUUAUUGAAGGACCCAAUAUUUGUGGCCAGCUUUUGGCCCUAACCAUGGAAGAACGUGGAGUUUGUACAGCUUUGCCAAAAAAAGUUUCUAUUCUCGAGAAUGACCCCAGCCAAUAAAUAGCAUUAGUAGCCUCUGUGGGGCCCAGAGCCCCUCAGUUUAUUUUUAUGUGUUCUUCUCUUUGGUAUCCUGCUAGCAGCUCUUCCUGUGAGUCUUUCCCAGAGCUAAUUUAUCUUAGUAUUGUCUGUUUUCAGUGUCGCUCAAAAUUGUCAGUGAAAUUCCUUUCUGGUAUAAUUCUUAACAUCUUUACUAUUACUGGACCUUCGAAGGGCUUUGUCUUAUAUCUGCAUUCUCCCUGGGCUGCUCUCAGUCAGUUUCAUGUCCAGCUUAUAGCUCGUGUCUCUCUUCCACCCAGAAAUAGUGGCUGAGGGCUUGCUGCUGGUGUUCAUGGUGUGGGACCUGGGUGGCAUUCUUCGAGAGAAGAACCCAGAACCCUCCAGGUGGCCAGACUUGUAUUUCAAUUAUGUUUUUGCCCAGAUGCCUUGACAGUGCCUCAUAAUGCAAAAGUAGUUGUCAGCUGUCACUUUGGACAGGUUGCCGAUUCAGCCAGCUGUGGAAGUAGAGGCAGGAGACUUGAAGUGAGCCAGGGAAGUGACUUUAGUCACAGUCACCUAUGCCUCAGCUUCACAGCUGGUUGUUUCCAGAAGCACAGCAGAGGUGGGAGGGCUGAGGCCAGCUGUUGACUCUUACCUCCAGGCUCAGGAUUUAGUCCAACAUGUCACCAACCCCUUUAUUUCUCUUCCAUGUUAGGAAAGUGACACAGGAGACUCAUCUCGAUUGCCAGGGCUAAGCUUCCACUAAUGUCAGGUGGAGUUGGCUAGGCUGAGAGGGUCAUGAAUUUUCUAGGCUCUAGAAGCAAUUUGAACUUGACCUUUGAGUUCUGUAAGCCUUUGUGUUCUUGGUAUUGGGUUUUUCUUUUUGGGUGGGUGAGGAUACUGAAGAUAACCCAGAGGCACUCUGUACCAAUGUACAUUCCCAGUCCUUAUUUGUUUUUGAGACAGGGUCUUGCUAGGUUGUCGAGGAUGGCUUCAAACUUGUGAUCCUUCUGCCUCAGCAUCCUGAGUCGCUGGGAUUAUAGGCAUGUACCACUGUCCCAGACUCCCCCCGCCCCCCAGGGCCUCGAACACACAAGGCAAGUGCUGUACCACUUAGCUACAUCCCCAGCUCUUUUUGAGAGCGGUCUUGCUAAAUUGCCCAGGCAGUCCUCAUACUUUUGAUUCUCCUGCCUCAAUCUCCCUGAUAGCUGGGAUUAUAGAUGUUUGCCACAGGGACUUAGUAUUGUUUCUGAGAGAUCUACAUACCCUCUUUCCUUUUCUUGAAUAUGGGAGGGGAGAAGAGGAAGUGGGAAGAGUACAGAAAUGCAUUAUAUUGUAAAUUAUAACAUGAAAUAUAAUUCAUGUUUGUUUUUCUGAAAUUAAUCAUGCUUAUUUAAGUUAAAUAUUUAAAACCCCAUUAAGAAAACCAGUAUCAAACCAUUAAAGAAAGCUCAUGACCUGUUAGCCACUUCCUCUCAACUGGGUUCUGUUGCUUAGAGACUUGUAGGUGCUCUACCUCCUGUGUAGAUUUCUCCCACCUGUGACUUUAGGAGUGCCAGCAGGAGCACUUCCUUGUAAUUGUAAUUCCUUCUUGCUUUUACAUGGAGUGGCUCUGCCUUCUGUGUGUCGUGGCAUUUAUGCAAGGUGGCUGGUGGGGCAGAGUAUGUCUCUUAUUCAGCCCACAAAGUGUCUGACGCUCAGAGCGAUUGUCCAGGUCAAAGCCCAAGUAGCUGGUGGAGCUGAUUGAUUCCUGACCCUGUAUUUUCUCCUAGGCCCCAGAUACCAUCUCUGGGAAUAAAGAAAGACAAUCUAUCAAAUGGCAUGUGUUGAGACCCUAAAGUCUGCCAGUCAGGAGUAUCAAGUGCGCAUCGGCCAUCCUUGGUGAAGGGCCAGCAUUGUUGAACAGGCUCAGCUCUGUUGCCAGGGACUCUUGCCAGGGUGCAGCUUUUGGAAUAGAGUCACUUUUGUAGACUUGUUGUGGCAUUUGUGGAAUGUGAAGGGGGACUCAAUGGUGUACACAUGGAAACCCAGGCUCUCCAUAAUGCUCUUCUGACCCCUGCCACACGCCCCAUGGCUCCCCCCAAGCGGGCAGUCAUUCCAGGCACUAGCCCACCUCGGAUCCCAGCCUGCGCCCCUCACUUCUGCAGUGUGGUCUUCCAUUGGGAAUCUCACCUCCAUCUCUCAUCAGUGCUUCCUCAUCCUCACCUGUGCGUUCCUCCAGUGUCUCUGAACAAUCCUAAUUUGUUCAGUUACUCUGCUUACCUCCAUUUCUUUUUUUUCCCCAACUUCUUUUUUUAUUAUCUACCUCCCCAUUAUUCUCCACGUAUUUCUGAUCCUUUAGAUUAAAAUAAAUAGCUGGAGUGUCUGAGGAGUCAUGUACAUUCCUUGUUGAUGCUUCUCUCAACUUCCCAUUCUCUAAUCCUGGGUUGCAAACUUCGUUUCUGCCCCAUCACUCGAAAGUAGUCCAGGAAGAACCUCCAGGGCUACGAGAUUGAAAGUCCAGAGGCCUCUUCUCAGUUCUUCAUCUUGAUAUGUACACUCAACCACCCAACAUCUGAUACCAUUGGCCUUAUUUUCCACGUUUUCCCUUUUUAGACAGUCUUCAUUCCUUUUCUUUUACCUAAAGACCAACCCUUAAUACGUUCUCUUUGUCUUACAGGUGAUUCUCAACCUUUGGGCCACCUAUGAGGCUCUCCUUGAAAAAGCAGAUUGGGCCUGGAGAUGUAGUUCAGUGGUAUCAGGCUUUCCUAGCAUGCACAAGGCCCUGGGUUCAAUCCUCAGCACUGAAGAAAGUUAAAAGUGCAGAUUAUUGGGCUCCACCCCGAGGUGUGGACUCAGUGGCUGUGGAGGAAAACCUGGGAAUCCACUGCUUUAGGAGCACACCCUGAUGAUUCCUGUUUAAGUGGUCUAUGGAUCACAUUUUGAGAAACUGCAUUCACCCUUAGGGGUCACUAUUCUGUAACUCCACUCUCCUUCUGUAGCUAUUCUUAUCCUGUCACCAGCCCUGUGGAAUCCUCAAACUCCCUAGACCCUUGUCCUGCAUCUGUUGUUCUUUCUCUUUCCCCAUGCACUCUCUCUGAGGGCCCUGUGAGGUUGCCCUCUGCUUACCACUGCCUAUUAGUCGCUCUCAAGCCGUCUCCAAGGGCAUUGGUUCCUGACUGCUCAGCCUACCUCUUUAGUUCCCCCCUCUCCAGAAUGCACAGUGUUCCGGGUUUAUCUUCCAGAAACCCCCCUCUGUCCACCCUCUUACUCUUCAGUGAUUUCCCAUGUUGUAACAGAGCACCAAGUUCAGAGCCCGUGGGCCUAGAAUUCAUGACUGUCUGCCUUCUGGCCAUACUUGAUUGUCCAUUUUGUGUACUGUACCCAGCCACACAGAUUUCCUCAGUUCCUGUGGGCUCCUCCUGUGUUGUACCUCUUCUCUGCUAGAAAUGCCUUUCUUCCAGAUGGCUUCCUCCUCGGAAGCCCAUCCUUGCCCGUUCUCUGACUAGAAGCAGCCCCAUGGUGUUCUGUGGCCCCACAGCACUUUGUGUCUCGCUUCCAGCACGUGUGGCUCUGGCUGGUGUUGCUGCAGCUGACUGUGUACUGUGUCACUUCCCUCUCUAGACUGUGAGCUCCUCGUGGGCAGGGACCGUCUGUGCUCCCUCUUUGUAUUUCUGUGGCACCUAGCACAGUGCCUUGCACUUGAUAGGUGCUCAAUAAAUGUCUGCUCGAGUGAA